AUGUUUUUUAUUUUUUCAAACAAAAAAUUUGAAAAGACAAAAUAUAUCAAUCAAAUAGCACUUCCAAAGACUCCAAUAUUUGAAAAACUAGUGAAAAAUGAUAAAAACUCUAUAUCUAUUGAAUUUAAACAGAAUAAAGAGUCUUAUUCAUACUUUGAUUUGAUUCAUCAUAUAUUAACCUUUAAAUCAUCAUUACAAACAAUUGAAGAAGAAAAAGAUUUGAAACAAAAGAGAGUAGGAAUUUUUGUCGAACCAGGAUUCUCAUAUGCAACUUCGAUUCUUGGGAUAUGGGCAGCAGGAGGGAUUGCAGUUCCUAUAUGUAUUACUUAUCCAAUUGCUGAAAUAAAGUAUAUAGUUGAAGAUUGUUCUGUGGAUAUUAUUCUUACCAGUUCAUUUCUUGAAGAAAAAAUUAAAAACAUAUUAAUAUAUAUUAAAAAAAAAGUUCAUGUUCAUGUUCUUUUAAAAUCUAAUUUAAUACAACAAAAAGAGAGUUAUGAAUUUCUUCCAUUUGAUUUAGAUAGAGGAGCACUAAUAUUAUAUACAUCAGGAACAACCGGAUCACCUAAGGGAGUUUUAACAACACAUAAGAAUAUUUUUACACAAGUAAUAUCAUUAGUAGAGGCGUGGAAAUAUUCUUCAAAAGAUAGAUUACUACAUAUUCUACCUUUACAUCAUAUUCAUGGCAUAAUUAAUGCACUAAUAUGUCCUUUAUAUGCAGGAGGAACUAUAGAAUUCUUAGAAAAAUUUAACGCCAAAGAUGUUUGGUCUAGAUUUUUGGAUUUAAAAUUACCUCAAAUUUCUCAGUUUAUGGCUGUUCCUACUAUCUAUUCUAAACUUAUUCAUUAUUAUACAAACAAUGGACUUGAAAUUUCUAAUGCUGAAUUGAAAUCUAGAAUGAAAAAAAUACGUUUAAUGGUUUCUGGUUCAGCAGAACUUCCAAUUUCUUUAAGAAAGAAAUGGCAUGAAAUUACAGGACAUAUUUUACUGGAAAGAUAUGGAAUGACAGAGACAGGAAUGAUUUUAAGCGGUGGAUUAGAAUUUGAAAAACGUUUAGAAGGAAGUGUAGGAUGGGAAUUACCUUAUAUUAAAGUGCGUUUAGUAAAAAUACAAGAUGAAGAUCAGGAAAUUUGGGUUAAUGGUGAUACUGUUUUCAAAGAAUAUUUCAACAAACCAGAUGCAACAAAAAAGGCAUUUGCAUAUGAAAAAGAUGGAACUAGAUGGUUUAAAACUAAUGAUAUAGCAACUAAAAUGGAAAACGGUGCAUAUAUAAUUCAUGGACGACGGAAUAUAGAUAUAAUAAAGUCAGGUGGAUAUAAAAUUUCUGCUCUUGAAGUUCAACAAAAAAUGCUUUCAUUACCAUAUAUUUAUGAAGUUGCAGUAAUUGGUAUUAACGAUGAAGUAUGGACUCAAAGAGUAGCAGCUCUUGUAUCACUUACACCAGAUAAAAAAGAAUUAACAUUAAAUAAUUUAAGAUCAGAUUUAAAAAGCAUGUUAGCUACUUAUAAAAUUCCUACAAUAUUAAAAAUCCUACCUAAUGGUAUUCCUAAAAACCAUAUAGGGAAAGUGAAUAAAAAAGACUUAGUUAAAGAAUUUAAUUAUGGAAAUAUACAAGAAUGGUCAAAAUAA